UAUCGAGGCAAAUAUGGUCGGGUUCACCACCAGAGCAGAAAGACCACCCUCCUCUAAUCCACUCCUUACGCAAAUAAACCUUCAUUCGUUAUGUGAGUGCUUGGAUAGAGGUUUAACAUUAGGAAUCUAGAAAGAGAAAGUCCUGAAAAAGGAAGCUGCCUCUGCUGGAUAUUAUCGACCACCAUGGCUUCCACACCCUCCACCUCUGCCUUGUCUGCUGUUCUCCGGUGUCGGGGAAAUAUCUGGACCAGGAAUCCGCCGACGAAGCGGCCUGCCACCUCGGCGUACAGCCUCGGUCUGACCGGCGGCUCGCCAGCUGAGCGCACCCGGUCAAACCAGGCGUCAGCGUGGGAGCCUUCUCUCCAAGGAGACCGUGCACUGGUGGGAAGAGUAUAUAAAUCACCCCGGGUGGUUGUCAAAAUGUUGAGAGAAAAAGAUUCCAAUGAAAUGAAUACAUUGUGUCACCCAAAACGUUCGCAAUCCGCAGGGGACAUGCACUCAUCUGGUGUCCAAAACGCGUUGGUGCGUCAGCAGGCAAGCAGACUGACUUCUAACCUGCCUGGAUUAGACACGUGCUCUCAAAUAAUUCGAAAGAUUAAUUACAAAACAUGUUAUGCUACACACAUCUGUAAAAUAAUAUUUGUUCAGGAAAUGAGUGAAUUCCCAGUUUUGAACGUUCUCAUAACGUCUCCAUGUGUGAUGGAGAAUGCAAGACAAAUACCGUCUUUCGUGUUAACUGGCUGGUCAACCCUGAAGAGUAGCUGCGUGUCUUUGACUGCUCUGGUGUCAGAAUUUAUGUUUUUGAAGCUGGCGGUGUUGUGGAGGUCCAGCAGCAGCCCUGAUGAUGCGCUACAGCAUCAAAACAUGAAAAGCAAUGCCCUGCAGGCCAAUGGACAAAUCCACAGUCCCACUGGCAUCACCUCCUCCAAGGACAACUCCGGCUCUGGACAAAUGAUCCCAGAGGACAGACCUGACUGAGAGUCCAAAGCCUCAGCACCAAAAAUACACACUGUGAUCUAACCUUAUUUAUUGACUUUUACUUGGCUUUCAAAAUGCCCCAAAGCACAUUUGGACUUUGGACUUUUUAACCCAGUGAUACAACAACUGGUUGUUUUUAGAGCAGUUUGUUUUUUGCUUUAAGGAAAAGUAAGACAUUCUGUGACAAGAAAUACCUGAGAAACAUCACUCAUAUGCAUUGUUUAGUACAUUAGGCCUCCUGGUGGAGAGGUAAAAUAAUGGCAGUGCAUUUUAUUUUCGAGGUUACCCUGUAGCUGAACAAAAUCUUAUUUUGCAAACAUGGACUGGAGUAAAAGUAGGCAUAUUACCUCUCAGAAUAUGGAAAUAUUGAAAUUCAAGUUUAAGUAAAAACUAAAUGUGGAGGAAUAAUUGAAAGAUUUGUACUUAUUAUUUUCUCUUGUGUUUUGAAGAUGUUUGCUUGAUUUUUCACUCUGAAAUAUAUAUUUGGAUAAAAAAUAUAGAUC